CAAUUUGCACAUGCGGUCCAUUGUUCUUAAUAUUAGAGAUUAAAUUUGAUAGCCCUAGUUAAACCUACAGUGAAUUUGUUAAUUACUACUUAUAUACUUACAUACUAGCUUAACCUAAAUUGAACUAAAGCUAGAAAGGGUUACACCUAAUCGUACCGUAAAGGGCGUUGAUUGAAAGGCCAUUGUGUAUUUAACAAAGCGCCACUGAAAUUUUGAAGCACGAAAAUAUAGCUGUUCGAAAUCAGUGUGCGGUCUUUCAUUUCUCGGCGCCAACAAUCUUCAAAAUUUCAUCGUGCAAAUGACGAACCCAGGCGGAGAUGCGGAUUUACGGCAUGGCAACUGUUCUGCCUGCGAUAAUCCGGACGCCGAUCGAAAUUAUGUGCAGUGUGACACAUGUGAUUCAUGGUGGCACUUUUCGUGCGUCAAUGUGACGGAAUCCAUUAGCGACCGAUCAUGGAUAUGCCACAAUUGCGUUGGAUCGCCACAACAGAACCAACACGUGGCGACAGGGAAUACCUCUCCGAACGGUUCCACUACCAGUAUGCAGCGUGAUCUCGCCCUGCUGAAACAACGUCAGGAGCUUGAGCGACAACGGAUGGAACAUGAACUGCAAAAGAAAUUUCUGGACGAACAGUUGGAACUGAUGGACAAGGCGAUUGCUUCCCGAAGUCGGGAAAGUGGUCGUGAAAGCGGAGGACUGGUAGCCGAUGUCCCCAACGGUAACCCGGAGCAAGAAAGUGGCGCGGUGGGAGGUGAUCCGAACUCACCAGCAGCCGCUCAGCCCGCGGACAACCGUAAUCUGGUAGAUGCAGUUCAUGGUUUGGAAAGGCAGUUGGAACGGUGCCAGUUGCAAGCCGUUCCAGGCAGAGAGGAAAUCGAAGACCUAAGGCGUCAGCUACAGCAGUGUAAAAGGCAACUCGGAUUAGACCCAACCGAGUGGAGCAUCAGUCCGCCGAUCGGUCAGCAUCGGUACAGUUUUCCAAAUCCAUCCGGGGACCAAUACCAAGGUAACCAGCAGCCUAGAAACCUGGGUGCCAACAAGAAAACCUAUUCAACUGAGGUUGGUAUUGCAGGUAAGAGUAGCUUUAAUGAAAGUGGUUCCCUCAAUAAAGUAUACGGUGGUAAUGUCCCUCAUAAGUCCUCCACGAUUCCCUACGAUACGAUUCCCCUUACCAGGGACCAACAGUGGUAUCGAACAAACUCCUUUCGAUAG